UCCUCAUACAGUACAAAAGACUUCACAAUGUCUGCAGUCAGACAGUUAGCAUGAAUCUUCGCUCUUAAUAAAUAAAAUUUCACAUUCUGAGACUGGACACCAAAUCAAGACAUGAAACCUGUUACGAUGAUAGUGAGAAUCAUAAUCAUGUUGUAUGUAACCUCUUCACUGGAAAUACAAGGUCAUGCACAAACAAUGAGUGAGGAGGUGCUUGGUGUUAAUACGUGGCAUAUGACGCUGCCACCUUACAUGGAUGAAAGUGGAAAUAACUUAAAGCAAGAAGGACAGGUGAAUUGGAAAUCAUUCAAAUACUUGAUCAGCAUCAAAAUAAAUUCUUCACGGUCAAUGGGACAGGAUCGCUUAAGGACAAUUCUUCAAGGAUACUCAUUUCCAUAUAGCGUCAGCAAUGUCACCAUAACCAAAAUGAAUCUCAGUACAACUCCACCUCUAAAACUGUUCAAAUACACAACUGACAUAAAGAUCAAUGCUUCAAGAGAAGCAGUGAUAGAACAAUUGAGGGGGAUGCUGCGUGAACAGAAAUUCCCCAUGUGUGUCAAGAAAGGCAUGAAAAUCUCCAGUGCAAACAUCACUACAGUGUGUCUGUCAAAUUCAAGCAAAACUGAGUGCAAAUGUGAGAAUAAAUAUGCUUGGCCCACUGAACAAUGCUUUAAACAUGACGUUUGUGGCGCCAGUCUAAAUGGUACAUGUGGAUGCAUAACUUCUCUUCCAACUGAUGGGUCGUUCUGCCGGCCACCACCUGCUCCACUAAAGUCGUUCAAAUACACCAUUGACAUAAAGAUCAAUGCUUCAAGAGAAGCCGUGAUAGAGCACUUGAGAGCAUUGAUUCAUGGACAGAAAUUGGACAUGUGUAUCAAGAAAGACAUAAAAGUCUCCAGUGCAAACAUCACUACAGUGUGUCUCUCAAAUUCGAGCCAAACCAAGUGCAAAUGUGAGAAUCAAUUUGCUUGGCGCUCUGAACAAUGCUUUAAACAUGGCGUUUGUAACCCCAGUCAAAAUGGUACAUGUGGAUGCAUCGCUUCUCUUCCAACUGAUGGGGCGUUCUGCCGACCACCACCUGCUUCACUGAAGUCGUUCAAAUACACCAUUGACAUAAAGAUCAAUGCUUCAAGAGAAGCCGUGAUAGAGCGCUUGAGAGUGUUGAUUCGUGGACAGAAAUUCCCCAUGUGCAUCAAGAAAGGCAUGAAAAUCUCCACUGCAAACAUCACUACAGUGUGUCUCUCAAAUUCGAACAAAACUGGAUGCAAGUGUGAGAAUCAUUACACUUGGCCCUCUGAACAAUUCCCUAAACAUGGUGAUUGUGGCCACAUUCAAAAUGGUACAUGUGGACACAUUGCUUCUCUUCCAACUGAUGGGGCGUUCUGCCGGUCACCACCUGCUUCACUGAAGUCAUUCAAAUACACCAUUGACAUAAAGAUCAAUGCUUCAAGAGAAGCCGUGAUAGAGCGCUUGAGGGCCUUGAUUCGUAGACAGAAAUUCCCCAUGUGCGUCAAUAAAGGCAUGAAAAUCUCCAGUGCAAACAUCACUGCAGUGUGUGUCUCAAAUUCAAGCCAAACCAAGUGCAAGUGUGAGAAUCACUACGCUUGGCCUUCUGAACAAUUCCCUAAACAUGGCAUUUGUGGCCACAGUAAAAAUGGUACAUGUGGACACAUUGCUUCUCUUCCAGCUGAUGGGGUGUUCUGCCGGCUACCAACUGCUUUGUUGAAGUCGUUCAAAUACACCAUUGACGUAAAGAUCAAUGUGUCAAGAGAAGCCGUGAUAGAGCGCUUGAGGGCGUUGAUUCGUGGACAGAAAUUCCCUAUGUGCGUCAAGAAAGACAUGAAAAUCUCCAGUGCAAACAUCACUACAGUGUGUCUCUCAAAUUCGAGCCAAACUGAAUGCAAGUGUGAGAAUCAAUAUGCUUGGCCCUCUGAACAAUUCCCUAAACAUGGUGAUUGUGGCCACAGUCAAAAUGGUACGUGUGGAUACAUUGCUUCUCUUCCAACUGAUGGGGCGUUCUGCCGGCCACCACCUGCUUCACUAAAGUCAUUUAAAUACACCAUUGACAUAAAGAUCAAUGCUUCAAGAGAAGCCGUGAUAGAGCGCUUGAGGGCCUUGAUUCGUGGACAGAAAUUCCCCAUGUGCGUCAAGAAAGACAUGAAAAUCUCCAGUGCAAACAUCACUGCAGUGUGUGUCUCAAAUUCGAGCAAAACCGAGUGCAAGUGUGAGAAUCAAUAUGCUUGGCCCUCUGAACAAUUACCUAAACAUGGUGUUUGUAACCCCAGUCAAAAUGGUACAUGUGGAUACAUCGCUUCUCUUCCAGCUAACAGGGCGUUCUGCCGGCCACCACCUGCUCCGCUGAAGUCAUUCAAAUACACCAUUGAUAUAAAGAUCAAUGCUUCAAGAGAAGCCGUGAUAGAGCAUUUGAGGGCGUUGAUUCGUAGACAGAAAUUUCCCAUGUGCGUCAAGAAAGGCAUGAAAAUCUCCAGUGCAAACAUCACAACAGUGUGUCUGUCAAAUUCGAGCCAAACCGAGUGCAAGUGUGAGAAUCAAUAUGCUUUGCCCUCUGAACAAUUCCCUAAACAUGGCGUUUGUAACCCCAGUCAAAAUGAUACAUGUGGAUGCAUCACUUCUCUUCCAGCUGAUGGGGCGUUCUGCCGGCCACCACCUGCUUUGUUAAAGUCGUUCAAAUACACCAUUGACAUAAAGAUCAAUGCUUCAAGAGAAGCCGUGAUAGAGCGCUUGAGGGCGUUGAUUCGUGGACAGAAAUUCCCCAUGUGCGUCAAGAAAGGCAUGAAAAUCUCCAGUGCAAACAUCACUACAGUGUGUCUCUCAAAUUCGAGCCAAACCGAGUGCAAAUGUGAGAAUCAAUAUGCUUGGCCCUCUGAACAAUUCCCUAAACAUGGCAUUUGUGGCCACAGUCAAAAUGGUACAUGUGGACGCAUUGCUUCUCUUCCAGCUGAUGGGGUGUUCUGCCGGCCACCACCUGCUCCACUUAAGUCAUUUAAAUACACCAUUGACGUAAAGAUCAAUGCUUCAAGAGAAGCCGUGAUAGAGAGCUUAAGGGCCUUGAUUCGUGGACAGAAAUUCCCCAUGUGCAUCAAGAAAGGCAUGAAAAUCUCCAGUGCACACAUCACUACAGUGUGUCUCUCAAAUUCGAGCCAAACCGAGUGCAAAUGUGAGAAUCAAUAUGCUUGGAGCUCUGAACAAUGCUUUAAACAUGGCGUUUGUAACCCCAGUCAAAAUGGUACAUGUGGAUGCAUCGCUUCUCUUCCAACUGAUGGGGCGUUCUGCCGGCCACCACCUGCUCCACUGAAGUCAUUUAAAUACACCAUUGACAUAAAGAUCAAUGCUUCAAGAGAAGCCGUGAUAGAGCGCUUGAGAGUGUUGAUUCGUAGACAGAAAUUCCCCAUGUGCAUCAAGAAAGGCAUGAAAAUCUCCAGUGCAAACAUCACUGCAGUGUGUGUCUCAAAUUCGAGCCAAACCCUAUGCAAGUGUGAGAAUCACUAUGCUUGGCCUUCUGAACAAUUCCCUAAACAUGGCAUUUGUGGCCACAGUCAAAAUGGUACAUGUGGACACAUCGCUUCUCUUCCAGCUGAUGGGGCGUUCUGCCGGCCACCACCUGCUUCACUGAAGUCAUUUAAAUACACCAUUGACAUAAAGAUCAAUGCUUCAAGAGAAGCCGUGAUAGAGCGCUUGAGGGCCUUGAUUCGUGGACAGAAAUUCCCCAUGUGCAUCAAGAAAGGCAUGAAAAUCUCCAGUGCAAACAUCACUGCAGUGUGUCUCUCAAAUUCGAGCCAAACCGAGUGCAAAUGUGAGAAUCAAUAUGCUUGGAGCUCUGAACAAUGCUUUAAACAUGGUGUUUGUAACCCCAGUCAAAAUGGUACAUGUGGAUGCAUUGCUUCUCUUCCAACUGAUGGGGCGUUCUGCCGGCCACCACCUGCUUCACUAAAGUCAUUUAAAUACACCAUUGAUAUAAAGAUCAAUGCUUCAAGAGAAGCCGUGAUAGAGCGUUUGAGAGUGUUGAUUCGUAGACAGAAAUUCCCCAUGUGCGUCAAGAAAGGCAUGAAAAUCUCCAGUGCAAACAUCACUACAGUGUGUCUCUCAAAUUCGAGCCAAACCAAGUGCAAAUGUGAGAAUCAAUAUGCUUGGAGCUCUGAACAAUGCUUUAAACAUGGUGAUUGUAACCCCAGUCAAAAUGGUACAUGUGGAUGCAUCGUUUCUCUUCCAACUGAUGGGGCGUUCUGCCGGCCACCACCUGCUUCACUGAAGUCAUUCAAAUACACCAUUGACAUAAAGAUCAAUGCUUCAAGAGAAGCCGUGAUAGAGCGCUUGAGAGUGUUGAUUCGUAGACAGAAAUUCCCCAUGUGCGUCAAGAAAGGCAUGAAAAUCUCCAGUGCAAACAUCACUACAGUGUGUGUCUCAAAUUCGAGCAAAACUGGAUGCAAGUGUGAGAAUCACUACGCUUGGCCUUCUGAACAAUUCCCUAAACAAGGCAUUUGUGGCCACAGUCAAAAUGGUACAUGUGGACACAUCGCCUCUCUUCCAGCUGACGGGGCGUUCUGCCGGCCACCACCUGCUUCAUUGAAGUCGUUCAAGUACACCAUUGACAUAAAGAUCAAUGCUUCAAGAGAAGCCGUGAUAGAGCGCUUGAGAGUGUUGAUUCGUGGACAGAAAUUCCCCAUGUGCGUCAAGAAAGGCAUGAAAAUCUCCAGUGCAAACAUCACUACAGUGUGUCUCUCAAAUUCGAGCCAAACUGAAUGCAAGUGUGAGAAUCACUACACUUGUCCCUCUGAACAAUUCCCUAAACAUGGUGAUUGUGGCCACAGUCACAAUGGUACAUGUGGAUGCAUCGCUUCUCUUCCAACUGACGGGGCGUUCUGCCGACCACCACCUGCUCCAAUAAAGUCGUUCAAAUACACCAUUGACAUAAAGAUCAAUGCUUCAAGAGAAGCCGUGAUAGAGCGCUUGAGGGCCUUGAUUCGUAGACAGAAAUUCCCCAUGUGCAUCAAGAAAGGCAUGAAAAUCUCCAGUGCAAACAUCACUGCAGUGUGUCUCUCAAAUUCGAGCCAAACCAAGUGCAAAUGUGAGAAUCAAUAUGCUUGGCCCUCUGAACAAUUCCCUAAACAUGGAAUUUGUGGCCACAGUAAAAAUGGUACAUGUGGACACAUUGCUUCUCUUCCAGCUGAUGGGGCGUUCUGCCGGCCACCACCUGCUUUGUUGAAGUCGUUCAAAUACACCAUUGACAUAAAGAUCAAUGCUUCAAGAGAAGCCGUGAUAGAGCGCUUGAGAGCGUUGAUUCGUGGACAGAAAUUCCCAAUGUGUGUCAAGAAAGGCAUGAAAAUCUGCAGUGCAAACAUCACUACAGUGUGUCUCUCAAAUUCGAGCCAAACUGAAUGCAAGUGUGAGAAUCAAUAUGCUUGGCCCUCUGAACAAUUCCCUAAACAUGGUGAUUGUGGCCACAGUCAAAAUGGUACAUGUGGAUACAUUGCUUCUCUUCCAACUGAUGGGGCGUUCUGCCGGCCACCACCUGCUUCACUGCAGUCAUUCAAAUACACCAUUGAUAUAAAGAUCAAUGCUUCAAGAGAAGCCGUGAUAGAGCGCUUGAGGGCGUUGAUUCGUGGACAGAAAUUCCCCAUGUGCAUCAAGAAAGGCAUGAAAAUCUCCAGUGCAAACAUCACUGCAGUGUGUGUCUCAAAUUCGAGCAAAACCGAGUGCAAGUGUGAGAAUCACUACGCUUGGCCUUCUGAACAAUGUUAUAAACAUGGCAUUUGUGGCCACAGUCAAAAUGGUACAUGUGGAUGCAUCACUUCUCUUCCAGCUGAUGGGGUUUUCUGCCGGCCACCACCUGCUCCCCUGAAGUUGUUCAAAUACACCAUUGACAUAAAAAUCAAUGCUUCAAGAGAAACCGUGAUACAGCGCCUGAGAGGAUUGAUUCGUGGACAGAAAUUCCCCAUGUGCCUCAAGAAAGGCAUGAAAAUCUCCAGCGCAAACAUCACUACAGUGUGUCUCUCAAAUUCGAGCCAAACCGAGUGCAAGUGUGAGAAUCAAUAUGCUUGGCCCUCUGAACAAUGCUUUAAACAUGCCGUUUGUGACAAUGCUCAAAAUGGUACAUGUGGAUGCAUCACUUCUCUUCCAACUGAUGGGGUGUUCUGCCGGCCACCACCUGGCUGUCCCAUACCUUCAACCACAAUCCCAAACACAAGUGUAUCUAUAACAUCUACACCAUCAGUGCCAACAGCAACAAAUACAGAUGUUACCACCCUCACAACCCCGAUCAUAAACACAACUCAUGAAGUAACAAGUCCUCCGUCAUCCACUCCAGUAGAAGAAAUGAAAAAUUUUACAAGCCUUUCAACCCUGAUACCAAACACAACUGACAGUACAACAAUGACGAACGCUCCAACAUCUACUCCAACAAUAGAAACAAACGAUACAAGUCUUUCAACCCUGAUUCCAAACACAACUGACAGUACAACAAUAACAAGUGCUCCAGCAUCUACUCCAACAGGAGAAACAAGUGUUACAAGUCUUCCAACCCUGAUCCCAAACACAACUGACAGUACAACAAUAACAAGCACUCCAGCAUCUACUCCAACAGUAGAAGCAAAUGUUACAAGCCUUUCAACCUUGAUCCCAAACACAACUGACAGUACAACAAUAACAAAUGCUCCAGCAUCUACUCCAACAGGAGAAACAAGUGUUACAAGCCUUCCAACCCUGAUUCAUAAUACAACUGACAGUACAACAAUAACAAGUGCUCCAGCAUCUACUCCAACAGUUGAAACACAAAAUGUUACAAGCCAUUCACCCCUGAUCCCAAACACAACUGACAGUACAACAAUAACAAGUGCUCCGGCAUCUACUCCAACAAUAGAAACAAAUGUUACAAGCCUUUCAACCCUGAUCCCAAGCACAACUGACAGUACAAAAAUAACAAGCGCUCCAGCAUCUACUCCAAAAGAACAAACACCAAAUGUUACAAGCCUUUCAACCUUGAUCCCAAACACAACUGACAGUACAACAAUAACAAGUGCUCCAGAAUCUACUCCAGCAGUAGAAACAAAUGUUACAAGCCUUUCAACCCUGAUCCCAAACACAACUGACAGUACAACAAUAACAAAUGCUCCAGCAUCUACUCCAACAAUAGAAACAACAAAUGUUACAAGCCUUUCAACCUUGAUCCCAAACACAACUGACAGUACAACGAUAACAAGCGCUCGAGCAUUUACUCCAACAGUAGAAACAAAUGUUACAAGUCUUUCAACCCUGAUCCCAAACACAACUGACAGUACAAAAAUAACAAGCGCUCCAGCAUUUACUCCAGCAACAGAAAGAAAUGUUACAAGCCUUUCAACCCUGAUCCCAAACACAACUGACAGUACAACGAUAACAAGUGCUCCAGCAUCUACUCCAACAGUAGAAACAAGUGUUACAAGCCUUUCAACCCUGAUUCCAAACACAACUAACAGCAGUACAACGAUAACAAGUGCUCCAGCAUCUACCCCAACAGUGAAAACAACAAAGUUUACUAUCCCUUCAACCCCAAUCACAACUAAAAGCACAACAGCAGUGACGAGUGCUCUGACAUCUACCUCAACAACAGGAACAAGUCAAUCUACCACAACAAAACCACCACCAUCAACCGUACUAACAACAAAAGCACCAACCGCUCCGCCAUCACCACCAACAGAGCCACCAACAACAAAACCAGUUACAGUAAUACCAACAAAACCAUCAACAACAGAGCCACCAACAACAAAACCAGUUACAGUAAUACCAACAAAACCAUCAACAACAGAGCCACCAACAACAAAACCAGUUACAGUAAUACCAACAAAACUAUCAACAACAGAGCCACCAACAACAAGACCGGUAACAACAAUACCAACAACAACAACACCAAAGUCUGUAAAUCGUCAGAUAUCACUGUCAAUAGACGAGACAUUUGAUGCAAGCCUGCAAAACCAGAACAGUGACAAAUUCAAGAAAUACAAAUCAGAUAUUGAGAAGGCAAUCCAUAGCAGCUACAAGGAUGUAAAAGGUUUCAUUUCUGCUACUAUCACUGGUUUUAGGCCUGGAAGUGUGAUCGUAGAUUUCUUUAUUACGUCAGCUGAGGUGGUACAGAUUUCUGGGGAGAUAAACCAAGCAAUUUACACCAACAUGAAAGAGCUUAAUUUCAAAGUUGAUCUGACUUCAAUCGCUGAAACUGCGAAUACAAACCUGAGACCAAGAGACAAUGUUUUUCCUGAGCAAGAUAUAAAACUCUCCUGCCCUGCCACCAACCUUCUUGGAAAUGUAGAUUGGAAAUUUCAAGGAAAAAACAUACAGCCAAGCAAUCAUUAUGAGUUCUCAUCAGAUCAUCUCUCCCUCACAGUCAAGAGUGUUACCAUCAGUGAUAAUGGUCGUUAUGAAUGUUUGUACAAUACAACCACAGGGCCACGUAUUAUUUGGGACAGGAUUGACUACAUUAAGCCAUAUCCCAAUAUGCAAGUACCUACUAAUAAGAUAUACAAAUGUGAAAAUCAGCAGGUUGAUGUUAUCUGCUGUGUGCAUUCUGAUUACACCAUACAGUGGGUGCAGGAGAAAAAAAUGCUGAGCAGCAAAGCUGAUUCACUGAAUUGUAUUACACAACCGUUUACUAUCUCGAGUGAAAGUUCAUGCGGAAAAAAAAGCAUAUUCACUUGCAAACUGGACAAUAAAGAUCUAAUUGGAUUCUCAUAUAGCUCAAGGGCUGUGGAACUUGUUGUUUCAAACCUUCUACCCCCAAACAGCCCUGUCACAUGCUUUGAUGAAAUGUAUGGUUUUGGACAAUUUGGUGACCGUAAAGUGGGAGACUGUGAGAAAAAUAAAGUUGGCUACCAAGAAGGAGUGUGUCAAUCUAAUGGCUUGUGGGAAACUGUAAACAACAACUGUGUUCUUCGUAUCAUUGAAGUACUGCAAGAGGAAUCAAAGGUUGUAGAUCCUGAAACUUUAACAGAUUUUGUGAUUAAAGUGAGCAAUGCCACCACAGUCAAUAAAGGAGACAUAGUUCAAUCUCAAGUUACAGUUACUACAAUUGUGGAAAUACUAAACAAUAUUGCAGAUGUCUCUCAAAAUGUUACGCUGGAUGAAGUUGUGGUAACGAAUUUUCUCAAUAUAGUGGAUGUCAUUUCAUCAGAGACAACAAAACCUGUAUGGGUAGAGUUAAAUUCAAAUGGCGCAAGCCAAGGCAACAGCUCUCAACUCCUAAGUGCCAUUGAAAAUGUUAUAAAAGCGACAUCAGACAGCAAUUUCAACAUAACAAGUCCAUCCAACUCAUUCCUGUUCAAAAAAAUAACAACAUCUGAAAACUUUAGAGAUGUAUUAAGGCUCAACUCAACAGCUGAAAUAUUCAUCCCAAAUAUUACAUCCACUCAUAAAAAUGUUACAAUCACAACAGUGGCCUUCUCUUCCUUGGGCAAUGUUAUGCCUGCAAGAAAUCGUACAGAUGACCUAAAUAAGACUGAAAAUGUCAUCAACGGACUAAUUGUUGUAAUAAAUACAAGCAUAUCUAUCAACAACAUAGAGCUGAGCUUUGAAAAACACAGUAAUUCAGUAACUCAAAACAAUAAUUCAGUAAACUUAGGGAACCCUCAGUGCGUUUUCUGGGAAUUUAACCUUUUUAAUCGCACUGGAGGAUGGGACUCAACAGGAUGUGAGGUCAUACGGGUAAACGACACUGUCACUUGUCACUGUAAUCACACCACUUCAUUUUCAAUAUUGAUGUCCCCUUUUGUUCCUGAAGAUCUUGCCUUGUCUGUCAUUACGUACGUUGGUGUUGCUGUUUCGAUAGCCAGCUUGGUUGUGUGCCUGAUCAUCGAAGUGAUCAUCUGGAAGGACGUAUCCAGAAAUUCUACAUCACAUGUUCGGCAUGUAUCCUUAGUCAAUAUUGCUCUUUCUCUCCUGAUCGCUGACAUAUGCUUCAUUAUCGGGGCUGCUGUCGCAAAGCCCGGAGAGGACUAUACUAGCUCGUGUAGUGCUGUAGUGUAUUUCACCCACUUCUUCUACCUGGCCCUUUUCUUCUGGAUGAUGGUCUCAGCCCUUCUGCUCCUCUACCGCACCACUGUGGUCUUCUCUCAGAUUUCCAAAUCGGUAAUGAUGGCGGUUGCCUUCAUCGUGGGCUAUGGCGCACCUGUCCUCAUAUCAGUUAUUACCGUCGCCUCCACUGCCGGAAGUAAAAAAUAUGUCACUCAGAAUGGAACAUGCUGGCUGAAUUGGGACGAUUCCAAGGCCCUUCUGGCUUUUGUCCUACCAGCUCUGGUCACUGUGGUUGUCAAUAUUAUUGUUGUGAUAAUAGUUAUAAUGAAAAUGCUCAGGAGGGGAGUGGGAGAGAGCAACAGGGAUGAAAGGAAAGUCUCGGUGGUCAUUCUCAGAUGUGUGGUCAUUUUGACGCCCCUCUUCGGCAUCACAUGGGGUCUCGGCUUGGGCAUUAUGAUAGAGCCUAAAGCUUUGGCCCUCCACUACUUGUUUACAAUCUUCAACUCCUUGCAGGGCUUCUUAAUAUUGGUCCUUGGAACACUGAUGGAAAAGAAGGUUCGGCAGACACUUAAAACGAGACUGGGAAUCACUAGAUUGACUGGAUCCCGUGCCGCAUACAGUUCUGGAGCCCAAUCCUACAGUUCUUCCAACAGAACGACUCUUACAGAUGUUUUAAACACCCUUUUGAGAAGAGGGAGGAAUGCUAGGGCAAAUAUCAGCUCAUCCUACAACUCUAGAUCAUCAGAAGGUUUUCCGAAUGCUUAGCUGGACUACUGCUUCAUUUCCUAGAAUGCUUCUCUAAUGCAGUCUACAACUUUUUACUGAGAAUGUUUUAUUUCUGUCUGGACUUCUUUAAGUACAAUGCCUUCCAGAAUGCUACAACUGGAAUAUUCAGUACUUUGCUGUUUUCUAUCGGUCAACCAGAUUGGCCAAGUUAGAUUAAAAACAUCUAUUCACACCAAAUUAGUGUUUUUCCCUGUACACACUGUUUUAUGAGAACAGAAAUUAAAUUCUGGUUUCUGUUUGAACACUGUUAAGUGUACCAACACUUUACUUUGUCCUUCUCUAUUAAAUGCAUAAAUGAAAAAUACUUGUUUCAGAU